ACUGUCCACCAAAUCCAACCCUUCUUUGUCUUCAUUGCUGUGCCUCUAUUUUCCUAUAGCUAAGCUAGCUGUCGCUGUGUUAUCUUAUAUUUGUUUUGAGUUCCAAGAAUGUCAUUGAAGCUUUUCUUGCUUCAAACUUCUCUUUCAACACAAAUCACAUUCACCAACAUAUGGCUUCCUUUGGAGAACUUCCCUCACAAGAAGGACUCUUCCACCAUACACUCCCUUUCCAAUAUGAGAGGCCAAAACACAAACUUUCACAACAUGAGAAAAAGCCACUUGCUGCAUACAUCUGUCAUGAUGCAAAAAGCCUUGCUUCCUCAAAACACAAGGCAGAGAAUGCCACAACAAGGAGUGUUUCUUCUUCAUCUGAAUUCAAAAGGGUAGGUUCAGCUUCAGAAAGAUCAAAGUCUAAGUCACUUGUGUCAGCUGAUUCAAGAAUGGUAGGACCCUUGAUGGAUGAAGUUGCCAUUGGAGCAGUGAUUACUAUCCUCAGUGGCUACAUAGGAAGAUAUGUGAAAGAUGAUGAUUUCAGGAAAACAAUCAAAGAGAAGUGUGAUUCUUUCUUGGAAAGAAGGAGAAUAAAGGAUUCAGGUGAUGAGGUUUUUUUGAACAUGGAAUUGGGUAUGAAGAAAGUUGAUAGAUUGGUACAGAAUCAAGGAAAAAAGGAGCAUGUGACAAUGAUCAAAAGCUUAAGGAAUUCCAUUGAGCUUUUAACCUUAGUUGCUUCUUUGAAUUCUAAAACAUCCAGGGAUGUUUCAACUUGUGGUGUACCAAAUUCACAUCUCUCAGCUUGUGCUCAACUAUAUUUGGCAAUAGCUUACAAACUUCAGAAAAAUGACAGGGUUUCCUCUAAGCAUUUACUUCAAGUGUUUUGUGAUUCUCCAACUUUAGCUCGAACAUACUUGCUUCCUGACCUUUGGGAACAUUUGUUUCUUCCCCAUCUUCUCCAUCUUAAAAUUUGGUACAGCACAGAGCUUGAGUUGCUUUCAAAUGAAGAUCAUGGUGAGAAGGAAAAGAAAAUGAAGGUGUUGAGUAAAGUUUACAAUGAAAAAAUGGAUACUGGGACUACUCUCUUUGCUAUGUACUACAAGCAAUGGCUUAAAGUCGGGGCUAGUGAGCCUCCGCUUCCUAAUGUCUCUUUGCCAUCUACGUCAAGUUAUAGAUCAUCAAGAAGAAGGUCUUCAGAUUUCUCAGUUUCAAAUUCCUCAAUCAACCCAAACUUAUACAAGACAGUGUUUGGCACCAAACUAGAGCAGAAACUUACCAGUAUUGCUGACCAAAAUGGAGCGUUGACAACUACUACGGUCUUAGAGAUUGAUGAAAAGUUGUAUGGAGAUGAAUACAAACACAGUUCAGCUCAGAUAGAAGAUAGGAUAUCUGUUGGAAGAUCGUCAAGCCAGAUUGACAAGAAUCAUGCUCAAUUAUGGUCUGCAUCGCAGAAAGUGGACUAUUUUCAGUGCUUUUCUUGCAGGUUCAUACCAAGGGAAAGCUUGGAUAACAGCAGCUAUAGAUCCAAGAAUGCUUCAACUGUUCUUUCAAGAGACUUUGUUGGAGCUAUUACGACUAUAUGUUCAUCAGAUGUUCUAAGUGAAUGCGAAUUUGCUAUUCGCGUGGUCACCCAAGCUUGGUUGAACUCUCCUGGUGAUCCUCUCAUUGAAGAAGCACUGACACAACCUAGUGUAGUUGAAGCUAUCCUAGAGGUGUUAUUUGCCUCAACUGAGGAUGAGAUGCUGGAAUUGAUUAUAUCAAUUUUAGCAGAAUUAAUAGGAAGGAACGAUGCAAUUAGACAAAUUAUUCUGAACUCUGAUCCUCAACUAGAAAUAUUUGUGAGGCUUCUAAGAAGCACUAGUCUGUUUCUAAAAGCUGCAGUUCUGCUUUAUCUGUCAAGGCCACAGGCAAAACAGAUGCUAUCUUCAGAAUGGGUGCCGCUAAUACUUCGAGUCUUAGAAUUUGGAGACAAAUUGCAGACCCUCUUCACAGUACAAUGCAGUCCUCAAGUGGCAGCAUUUUAUGUUUUGGACCAACUUCUUACUGGUUUUGAUGAAGACAAGAAUUUGGAGAAUGCCAGGCAGGUUCUUUCACUUGGGGGGUUGACCCUGCUAAUGAAAAGAAUUGAAGAAGGAGAGAUCCAUGAGAGAAAUAAUGCUGCUAUGAUAAUUUCAUGUUGCAUUCGAGCCGAAGGAGGCUGUCGAAGUUAUAUAGCUGAAAAUAUAAACAAGACUUCAUUGCUUGAACUCAUUGUUCUUGGGAGUAAACAAAAUUCCAGUGGAUUUGCCUUGUUUGUACUGGCUGAGUUGCUCUACCUUGAUAGAAGAACCAAGAUAUUAAAUUUCUUGAGAGGACUUAAAGAUGGAUGGGGUGGCUUAAACAUAAUGCACAUUUUCUUCAUUUACCUUCAGAAGGCUCCACCUGAACAACGCCCUUUAGUUGCAGUGAUAUUAUUGCUUCUUGAUCUUAUGGAAGAUCCUGUCAAGGGCAGCUUAUAUAGAACAGAAGCGAUUGAGGCCCUUGUGGUAGCUUUAAAUUGCCAAAUAUGUAAUGAUAGAGUUCAAAAGCAAUCAGCCCGAGCUCUACUCUUAUUAGGUGGCCACUUUUCUUAUAGUGGAGAAUCAUUAAUGGAAAAAUCACUUUUACAAAAAGCAGGCUUCCAAGAAAUUUGCUUAGAAGAUUCAUUUACCUGCAAGGAUAUUGUUGUUUAUGAUUUUAUUCACAAGAAUGAGAAGGAAGAAGCUGAAAGUUGGCAGAAAAGAGCAGCUUGUGUCUUGUUCAAAAAUGGAAAUAAGAAUUUGCUAUCAGCACUUGCAGGUUCCAUAGCCAAUGGCACCCCAUGUUUAGUACGAGCAAGCCUUGUAACUAUUUCAUGGAUGUGCAACUACCUCAAAUUAGUUGAAGAUAGAAGUUUACCACCAAUGGUUUUCUCAAUCUUAAGGCCACAAUUGCAACAGUCCUUGAAUUAUGAUAAAGAUGUUGAGGAAAGAGUGCUAGCUUCAUAUGCAUUACUAAGUCUUAAAAAAAAUUCAGGAUGUGUCUCCUUCCUACCAUCACUGGAUAAAGACUCGCUCAAACAUCUCAGAAAUCUCUCCUUGGUGACGUGGACUGCCAAUGAACUCAUCUCAAUCUUCUCAAAGAGUAGCUUACAAUUAAGACAAUGAUUAGCAAGCUUCAUAUUUGUUGUAUUAUUCAAUGUUCUUUCUCUUUCAUAUAAGUGAGAUGGUAACCAUCCUUGAGUUUUGUAUAGUUCAUUAGUUUAAAGGGAAUAUUUCUAUCUAAAGAAACGUAAUAUUUGUUUUAUUCAUGACAGCUUAUGAUUUCACUUUCUGAAAUGCUUGCUUAGCCAAAGAAAGAAAUCACAAAAAGAGGGUAGAGGGGGGUGUCUAAAAGUAUAUUCAAAUUUUCUGUUUCGAUCUCAGUAUUAUCUUUAUUCCAAGAUUACAAAUUUGUAGUUUGUGCUAAUGCCAUUCUGUCUUGUUUUCGCUCCCUCACAUGGGUAACAGAAACCAAAAUACAAGACAAAAGAGUUAACUUCAAUUUUUAUUU